CUUGGCCCAGCAGGCGCAGUAGAAAGAUAUGUUCUGGUCCCCCAAGGGCGUCGUGACGCUCGUGCUCUGCAUCGCGGCCGCGGGCUUCUCGUGGACGCAGCUCGUGCUGCCGACGUGGCUCGAGUCGGCGACCGAGUCGGUGGGCCUCGCCAGUCACUGCGUGCGCGGCGUCUGCUACUCCUUCUCGCUCCCGCCCAACGUCGGCGAAAUGCAGCGCUACGCUGGGAAGCUCUUGAUCCCAGCCAAUAUGACGCUCUGCGCCGCCUAUGCUGGCAAGUCGUGGAACGCCACGGGGCAUAUGGUUGACGGCGCGUUCCUCGAGGCGACGUGCGGCUCGAUCGGGCACGCAGCCAUGGCCAUGUGCCUCAUCCAAGCGAUCCUCGGCACCUUCAUGGUCGCUGCCUACCUCACGUGGACGUGCGCAGCGACCAACAAGUCGUGCCUCCUCGCGCUCUGCAAGCUCCUCGCGUUCGCCAGCCUCUUUGCGAACCUGCUCACCAUCACGUUCUGGAUGGUGCUCAAGUCCCGGCUCCAGACCCGAGCAGGCGUCAAGGACGGCCUCGGCUUCAUCUGUACGCUUAUCUCGGCCGCGCUCUUUGGCUUGUGCGUUGUCUUGAUUGGCAUGCUCCGGCUCCGCGAACGCCACGAGAAAUCGCAGCGCAAUUUGCUGCGCGCCAAGUCGUCGCUGCAGCAAAAGUCGAUGGCCGCCGUGUAGCGACCUCAAUGUACGAGUUGUCUUCGAAAGCCAUACUUAAUAUACACUAUGUACCCCA